AUGAAAUUGUUUUAUUUAAUGAAACAGAAGGAAAGUAAUAACUGGAACUGUGAAAAUCGCAAAAAUAAACGUCAAAUUACAAAUAACCCAUCAACAUCAGCUGAAAUACAGGCAAGUAAUACAUCGACACCACAAGGCUUUGCUACACGCCGGAGUAAAAAUAAUGUAAACAUUACAAAUGCAAACUCUUUUGCAUCACUCUACUCUGAGGUUUCGGAGGAUGAUGAUUUCUCUGUUUCCAAAACACCGAAUUUAAACAGAAGCUGUCCCAAAGAAGGUCUUAUUAUGAACGAGGUUUUGGAUGACCUCAAAAUAAAAAUAGCUAACUUAGAAAAUAAACUCCAAAUAGCCGAAACAGAAAUAGAAAAUUUAUUGUUGGAAAAUAGCUCUCUAAAAAGACAAAUUUUAAACUAUGAAAAAAAAGACGAAACAACUGACACAAAUAUUUCGAACAACGCCGACCAAACAAAAGAUGAAUUUGUUACUCAACCACAUAAUGAAUCAGAUGAAAAUAAAACAUCCAGCCCAAAAAAGACACCGGAGAAUGUAAGAAAUGUGGAUAAUACUACUGAAUUGCCUGCACAGGAAAGAGAAGACUCCACUGACAAUACUAUACCAAAUGAGACGAAAAAAAGGUAUUAA